AUGUUAUAUAUGUAUGGGAGUAAUUAUUGAGCUAACUUACACUUGCAUUUAGCUACGAGCCAUAUUGCUACCACUGCUACAGAUGGGAGUCCCAACUUGAAGAUGGGGUGAAGCUGAAUGCCUGCAAAUCUUGCCAUCUCACCGCAUUCUGCUCCUCCUGCCAGCAAGCACAUCCAUCACCAGAGUGUGCCAUCUUGCAAGAUGCUGCGACCGAUGACAGGGUUAUGAUGGAUCUCCGCCGAAGAACGGGAAAAAGCUCGACUAUUUCUUACACCGAAUUUCCCAGAAAACAAUACUUUCCACUCUCCUCCACAACGGACUGGUAUGAAUACUACACGAGACUCUCAGACAAGGGCGGCUUUAAGUCCAAAAUGAACCGAAAGCUGAGGUACCUGGCAAACGACUCCAAAGAGCGAGAGUUCGUGGAAUAUAUGAGAUGCAGUACUAAUACGACAACGAUUCAACUCACGUUAAUCGCUGCCUUGGAGACGAUAAUACCGAAUAUGAGCACUCGCAGUUCGAUCAACCUUCACAUUAUAGGUGCAGCUGGAGCUGAAUUUAGCUCCUUGCCUGCAUUUGAGGAGCUGUUGCACCUUCUACCAUCGUUGAAACCCCUUCAACUAUCAUUCGUGGGCUUGAAUGUGAUGGAGGGCCCUAGAGACGGCACAAAAACCCGGAAUAUUCACAAACUUCAGUGCUGCACCAUGUGUACCAAGAUGGGACGGUCAAUCUCCAUCACCACCUGGAGAGGUCAAUAUCACGCGUAUGUCGACACCGAAGGCUACAAGACACCGGAUCUGACAGCAGCCUUUCACUCGGUAUUUGCAAUUGAUGAAGAAGCGGACUGGUAUCCAACCAUCAAGCAUCUUGUACAUGCUCCACAUCCAACAGUGUUUGCCGCGGCUAGAUAUUUUGAGAUUGAACGAGAGAUGAGGGUUUGGAAGAGCCUAGGCGCUAGGUUUGUAAAGGACGCUGAAGUAAAUAAGUGGAAAGAGAUCUCUCCUUCGCUCACAGUCUGUGGGGUCGAGCCUAACGAGGUCAUAUAUCAAAAUAAUUGGUGGUAUAUUGUACGACAACAGUGA